AUGGCUCAAGCUGCCGGAAUUUUGUCUUCAGAUAUCAGCAGGAAAAAUCCUCAGGAUGAGUACGAAUUAAUACAAAGAAUUGGAAGUGGAACGUAUGGAGAUGUUUACAAAGCUAGGAGAUUAGAAAAAAAUGAUUUGGCAGCAAUAAAGGUUAUCAAAUUAGAACCUGGGGAUGAUUUUCAAAUAAUACAACAAGAAAUUUUAAUGAUGAAAGAUUGUAGGCAUCCAAAUAUUGUUGCAUACUAUGGAAGUUACCUAAGGAGAGAUAAAUUAUGGAUAUGUAUGGAAUAUUGUGGAGGGGGUUCACUUCAAGAUAUUUAUCAUAUCACUGGACCACUAACAGAACUUCAAAUAGCCUAUGUGUGUAGAGAAACAUUAGAAGGUUUAUCUUACUUACACAGAAUGGGGAAAAUGCAUAGAGACAUUAAAGGUGCCAAUAUUUUAUUAACAGAAAUAGGGGAUGUUAAAUUGGCUGAUUUUGGUGUGUCUGCCCAAAUCACUGCCACAAUAAAUAAAAGAAAAUCUUUUAUCGGAACUCCCUAUUGGAUGGCUCCUGAAGUUGCUGCCGUUGAGAGAAAAGGAGGAUACAAUCAACUGUGUGAUAUUUGGGCUAUCGGUGUAACAGCAAUCGAGUUAGCAGAAUUGCAACCUCCCAUGUUUGAUUUACAUCCCAUGAGAGCUUUAUUUUUAAUGUCUAAAAGUGGUUUUAAACCUCCCACAUUAAAAGAAAGAGACAAAUGGAGCCCAAUUUUUCACAAUUUUAUAAAAGUGUCUUUGACAAAAAAUCCUAAAAAAAGACCGACUGCAGAUAAAUUACUUGAGCAUCCAUUUUUUAAAGGGGAGAUGAGUAAAAGACUGGCUCUUGAACUUCUACAGAAGGUCAACAAUCCUUCUCAUAUGUUCACUGAUUUAGAUGCGGAUGAAGAAGGAUCUGUGCCUAAUGUACCUCAAAGAAUAGCUUCAAGGCACACUUCAAGGUCAAAAAUUAGGCAUAAUAAAUCUACAGAGAACAUAUUGGCUAGUUCUAAAAACGACAGUCUAAAAUCUGGAGAGUCAUGUAGUACACCCCAAAAUAAUUCAGAAGUUGAAAGAGCAUGGCAUAUUUUAGAAUAUAUAAAUAAUGGAGAAGUAAUUAAUUACUCACACUCUGAGUACUGUGAUUAUAAUAGUGAAUGGUAUAAAGGAAAUGGCGGACAAGGAAAAAUAAUCAAUUCAAAUGAAAAGAGUCUUUUGCAGUAUAUUGAUGAAGAACUUGGGGACUUGUGUUCGGCUUUUACCCCCAAAAGAAGAUGUUUUAUCCCAGCUGUAACCACUCUUCCAAUAAGUGAAUCAAAUGCUAAUUCUUCUAGUCUUCAAUGUGACAUUCAUAGAAAUUGCAAUAGCGAAGGUAAUAUUAAUGUUAAACAAAUCCUGUGUGUUUGUUCCUGGAGUAAUGGAAACUCUCAGAGAAGACAUUCUUCCGUUGAUGAAAUCAUGCGUUUCACUCCAACGUUAACCAACAGAAAUCAACAUCAAAGAUCUUUAUCCGAAAGUGAAAUAGAAGAAACUAAAAUCAAAGGAGAAUCUGGACCGGAACCGGAUUUAUUAUCUGAUACUCCACCCGUACCUCCUAGAAGAAGAGAAAAAAAAUGGCACACACCUCCCAGACCCGUGAGCAACGGUUUACCUCCGACUCCGAAAGUUCACAUGGGAGCUUGUUUUUCCAAAGUAUUUAACGGUUGUCCUUUAAGAAUUCACUGUACAGCAAGUUGGAUUCAUCCGGAUACAAGAGACCAACAUAUCCUUUUAGGGGCCGAAGAAGGAAUAUAUAACUUAAAUUUAAACGAAUUACACGAAACAGCCAUAGAUCAAUUAUAUCCGAGAAGAACAAUUUGGAUGUAUGUCAUUAAAGACGUUCUCAUGACUUUAUCCGGUAAAACUCCUCAACUUUAUAGGCACGAUUUAUUACAGCUUCAAAGUAAACAAACUCAUAGAUUUUCACUUCACAUGAAUAAAAUACCGGAAAAACUCGUUCCUAGAAAGUUUGCACUUACAACAAAAGUUCCAGAAACAAAAGGUUGCCUCAAAUGUUGCGUCGGGAGGAAUCCAUAUAAUGGAUAUAAAUAUUUAUGUGGGGCCCUGUCGGGAGGCAUAUUUCUUAUGCAGUGGUACGAUCCUUUAAAUAAAUUCAUGCUUCUCAAGCAUUUUGAUUGUCACCUACCAUCACCGUUAAAUGUUUUUGAAAUGAUAAUAACUCCUGAUUUAGAAUAUCCCAUGGUAUGCGUAAAUGUUAAGCAAACUUACGAAGGCCGUUUAAAAUUAGAUUUAAUUAAUAUGAAUCACAAGUCAAAAUGGUUUCACAGUGAUGAAUUAGAAGAAAUGGAUGGUACAGCUACUGUUAUACCAAGGAGAGAUUAUCUUAAAAUAAUAAAAGUUCAUCAACUUGACAAAAAUGCCGUUUUAGUUUGUUUUGACAAUAUAGCUAAAGUAGUUACAAUAUUAGAAAAACAAAAAAUUGUUGGAAAAUUGGUAGAAGAAUUAGUUUUUGAUUUUUCAAUUGAAUCAGUUGUUUGUUUGCCGGAUAGUCUUUUGGCGUUUCACAAAUAUGGCGUCCAAGGGAGAAGUUUAAAAAAUGGUGAAAUAACACAACAAAUAGAAGAUAAAAGCAGAACCUACAGGCUCGUCGGAGCAGACAAAGUUGUUGUUUUAGAAAGUCAUUUGGCACAAGACUUGUCACGAGUUGGAACUCUGACAGAAGAUGGCGGAGCUGAUUUAUAUAUUUUAGCUGGACACGAAGCUAGCUAUUAA